AUGACAGAUUACCUCCCCGUCAUCCAAGUAGGUGUUGCAAUGCUUCUCAUCAUUGCUGUUGGAUUUAUUUUAGCAAAGCUAAAGAUAGUUACCCUCAAAGAUUCAGGUCCAUUAAAUAGCGUUGUGUUUUUUAUUGGUUUUAUGCCACUUAUUAUCAGAGGUAUAGCUCCCAAGAAACUUGCAGAGCUUGAUUUCAAGCCAUUCGGUAUUGCAGCUUUGAUGAGUAUCUCAACUUAUUGUGCGGUCGCUUUUAUGAUGAUUUAUCCAUUCGAAGAUAGAAUGAAAAUGUACUUGUCAACUGUUUUCCCGACAGCUUAUAUCAACUACAUCAUUUCUGGUAUCCCAGUUUUCAAUGCUCUUUGGCCAGCUAAAGAGAAUGUCAUGGUUUCUAUGAUGAUGAUUUCUAACGAUCUUAUUUCAUCACCAAUCUUCUUGAUUAUGGUCGGUAUUUACAACGUUAUCGCUGGAAACAGAAAAAGAGUCGAAAAUGGCUUACCACCCGAGAAAUUCUCACUUAAGAUCAUCGGAAAGGUUCUCUUGAACGUAGUUAAGAGCCCAAUUCUCAUUGGUAACGUUAUCGGUAUUUGUUAUUCCGCAUGCAAUAUUGAAUACCCAAUUUUCUUAGACAGAUUGUUCCAAUACGCCGGUGAUAUGGUCUUUGCACUUGCUCUUAUUUGCGUUGGUGUCUUCCUUGCUCAGCAUUCUUUAAUUUCAUGCGGUUGGAUUCAAUUUAUCUUCUGUUUGAUCGUAAGAAUGUUCAUUGGUUCAAUCUUCGCUGGUUUAUGGUGCAAGGCACUUGGAAUGAGCAACAGACUUUCAAGACAGUGCAUGAUUAUUGGUGCACAGCCAACAGCUGUUGCUUCUUACGCUUUAACAUCAGGUGCUCACAUGGGCGAAGGUGUUGCCUCAACAAUGAUUUUCUGGACAACAGUUCUUUGUGUUCCAGCAAUUAUAGUAUGGUUCAGUGUAUUGAAUGGUCUUCAUAUAUAUGAAGAUUGA